AUGCAUUGCGUCACAGAUGUAUUACUUAAUUUGAUUUGGCCGCUGUGGUGUGUUGCAGAGCUGGAGCGGCUGCAGAACGGCGGGAAGGCGGCGCCCGCUCGGGCCGCGCACGAGGAGAAGCGCUUCGCCGACAUCAUCAAGGAGAAGCCCAUCAAGGUCACCAUCCGCGUGCUCGUGCCCGUCAAGGAGCACCCCAAGGUUUACAAAUUAUGCCUGGCAUCUUCAAGUAUAUGCUUUAAAGCGUGGCGGCUGAAAUGGUGGCCUAACAAAAGAAUUAGUUUCGGACUGCCGGUUGCCGUGGAAGGAACUACAUCCGUGCUCGGCUAA